UUCAGUGUCUAAACGUUAAUAUUUUUUUUAAAAAUAAGCUAAAAUAUAUAUAAAAAAUCGGGCACUACCACUGUCCACUACCUCACGCAACCACCACUGCCUCACGCAACCACCUCAGCCCGGUCCACCUCUACCACCGGCCACCCACUGCCUCCACCCCCGCCCUAGAUCACCACCGCACUCUCAGGCGCAAGAACGAGCUCACCAGGCAAAGUCACGGCGGCGACCUCCGCCUUCCAGGUCUCGCCCUUGCUGGCGCGCGCCUCUGCUCACCACCCAGCGCCGCGUCUUCCUUCUCCAGUCCGGUCGCUGGCCGACCGCCAGCGCGGCUCCGGGCCCUGCUUUCCGCACGCCCAAGCCUGCGCGCUCCGGACGCACCUCUCCUGCUCUUCUGGGCUUGGGAAAGAGAAGAAACCAGCAUAAAAACACUAGAUCUGUGAAGGAUUUGAGGAAGAAACCAAACCGAAACCCUAGUGACGAUGCUAGAGUUCGGACCUCGCUCUGAGUCGAAACGACCAGAGACCGCUGCCUUCCCUCCCCAUUUUCCUUUCCCAUGAACCAAGCAGCGUAUGAGCUUUCCAUCCCUCCUCAUUUACCUAUCCCACCUCUCAUAUCCCGUUAUCCAAACGGCACCUCAGGGUACUGCAAUCCAGAAGCAGGGGCCCUGGCCUCAGCGCACCUGGAUGGCAGGGCUGGAGGAGUUGAAGAAGAAGCUACAACCCUUGCUGUUCGAUGACCUGGACAGAGUUGGCGCCAGUACCAGGGUGCCCUUACCAGAAGAUACUUGCGAUUCCUACGCAGUUUCUGAUGGUGGGACUGUUAAUUUACUUAGUAGAUCCUUGGGUGAGUAUAAAAUCAAUGAGCAUGGCUUUCAUAAACGAAGUGCUGGGCCAGACGAGUUAGAUUCUGAUGAGAAGGCUUACCGUUGUGCCUCUCAUGAGAUGCAUAUAUUUGGUCCCAUCGGUAAUGGUGCAAGCAGUGUAGUGGAGAGAGCUAUAUUUAUUCCAGUUCAUCGAAUCUUGGCCUUGAAGAAGAUAAACAUAUUCGAGAAGGAGAAGAGGCAACAAAUUCUGAAUGAGAUGAGAACAUUAUGUGAAGCAUGUUGUUAUCCUGGUUUAGUUGAAUUCCAGGGUGCAUUUUACAUGCCUGAUUCUGGACAAAUAAGUAUCGCUCUUGAAUACAUGGAUGGUGGUUCCUUGGCAGAUGUUAUAAGGGUCAAGAAGUCUAUACCAGAACCAGUUCUUUCACAUAUGCUACAGAAAGUAUUGCUUGGUCUGCGAUACUUGCAUGAAGUAAGGCAUCUAGUGCAUAGAGAUAUAAAGCCAGCAAAUUUACUGGUAAAUCUUAAGGGCGAGGCGAAGAUUACAGAUUUUGGUGUGAGUGCUGGUUUGGACAAUACAAUGGCUAUGGUAUGCUACUUCUUGGCGAUAGUCAUCACAAAUGUUCUUCUAGUGUUGCUUAAUUGUGCUACCUUUGUAGGCACAGUCACAUAUAUGUCACCUGAGAGAAUUCGUAAUGAGAACUAUUCUUAUGCUGCUGAUAUUUGGAGUCUUGGACUAACAAUAUUGGAAUGUGCUACUGGAAAAUUCCCAUAUGACGUAAAUGAGGGCCCUGCAAAUCUAAUGUUGCAGAUACUUGAUGAUCCAUCACCAACACCACCAGUAGAUACUUGUUCAUUAGAAUUCUGCUCAUUCAUCAAUGAUUGCUUGCAGAAAGAUGCUGAUGCAAGGCCCACAUGUGAGCAGGUAAAGAUAAUUAGGCUUCUGUCACACCCAUUCAUCAAGAGGUAUGCAGGAACUGAAGUGGACUUGGCAGCAUAUGUCAAAAGUGUAGUUGACCCAACAGAAAGGCUAAAGCAAAUAGCUGAGAUGCUUGCUAUACAUUACUACCUCUUGUUUAAUGGACCUGAUGGGAUUUGGCAUCAUAUGAAGACAUUCUACAUGGAACAAUCUACUUUCAGGAAGUAACUGGAACCUUUUCCAACUGCAUUCUUCUGGAUGUUUUGAAUCUUAUGUGUUUCUCAGAGAACGUGUAUGUUGGCCAGAAUGAAAUUUUUGAUAUUUUGUCAAAUAUAAGGAAAAAGCUAAAAGGUGAUAGGCCUCGAGAGAAAAUUGUUCAUGUUGUCGAGAAGCUACAUUGUCGUGCAAAUGGUGAAACUGGGGUUGCAAUUCGUGUGUCUGGAUCUUUCAUUGUGGGAAACCAAUUUCUUGUAUGUGGCGAGGGGAUAAAAGCUGAAGGGAUGCCUAGCUUGGAUGAGCUCUCUAUUGACAUUCCAAGCAAACGCGUAGGCCAGUUCAGAGAGCAGUUUAUCAUGCAACCGGGAAACUUAAUGUCAUGCUAUUACAUAUCAAAGCAAGAUCUGUACAUUAUCCAAUCCUGAUUGAACAUAUUAUUUGUAAGAUUAUUCUCUGAAGCACAUGUAUAGAGGAUUUAGAAGAAUUCCUUUCGGACCUGGUUUUGAAUCUUAUUUACUUUGUGGAACUGAAAUUUUGGGCCAAACCUCUGACAAGAAUUGAAAAGUUUAAGUCUUCAACUAUAUUCAUGUUUAGAACUGUUUUUAUAUUUGGUUGGUAUUGAUAAUUUUCGUUU